AUGAGCGGGUAUCGAAAAAUAAUUGAAUUCAAAGGAAUUAAAUAUUAUUUAGAGGAAGGUCGGUGGCAUCGGAUGACUCCAAUUAGAAACGACAAUGUGCUUGCUGACAACAAAACUGAAAAGCAUUUACAAAUAAGCCUUCCACAAGAGAAUUUAUUGGAUGUUUUCAAAUUUCUCGACUUUGAUCAAUUAUUAUCUUUUCAAGAAACAAGUCUUUAUUUCAAAAAUAUUAUUGACAAAUAUGGAAAGGAAUUGGCUAGGAAGAAAUUUGCUAAACUUAAAUUUCGUCCUGUUUUUGACUUAAAAUUGGAAGGAGAUAAUUACGUUAAAAUAUACCCCGAAUAUAAAUUUAUUGAAAUACCGCCUCAACUUUAUUAUUUUGAAUUGAGUGAACAUCUAGAACAAAAGUGGAUACGUGGAAUAGAAGAGUCAAUUCCAAUGUUUUUAACAUCAUCUCUGUAUGAUCUUGAAUUGAGUGAACCUAUUGAACAAAGAGACGUGGACACCAUUAUUUGUGAUUUGGGACAGAAUUACAAUGGGAAAAAAGUAUUAUAUCAUAUAAAAUUGCCAAAAUUUCCACAAAAUCUAGAACAAAUGGCAAUUGCUCGUUUUUUAUUUAAACUACUUUUUAAUUGUGUUUUUGAAUAUCUUGAAAUUCGCUUUCUAUUUAAUCCAAAAAUGAUUCAAUUAUUGCUUGAUGAAACAACAAAUCUACCUUUACAAAUACAUUCUCAACAGGCAAAAAUAUUUAGUUACGAGAGUGUUACUUUAAAAUUUAUUUUGAAUCAUCUGGUUUCUAAACAAUUUGACGUGGUUUUUGGUGGAACGAAUGAAUUUGAUGUGGAAGAUAUGGACAGCUUAUUCAAAUUUUUAGCAGAAGGAAACAAAUUUUCAAAUAUUUCUUAUAGAAAUCUUGACUCUGAAUUUUACAAUUAUUUUAUUGAGGUUUGCACAUUUUUAAUUAAGUGUUUAUAGGGGUAUAUUUUAAAUAAUAAUGAGCUCA